CUGCUACUCCCGGAGCUGGGGCCGCCGCUCAGGGGCGCUCGGGCCGGGGGCGCCGCUCUGGGCGAGCCGGCCGCGCUGCCCGGCUGGUCCACCGCGCCCGCGCCCGGGAUGCCGUUCUACAGGCGCACAGUAGUGCCCCAGCGCCUGUGCCCACGCAACCCGCCGCAGCCGCUGACCGAGCUCCGCGACGUGAGCCACCUGGCCGCGCUCAGCCUGCUCCGGCAGCUCGCCGACCUCUGUGGCCACUCGCUGGCUCUGCUCGAGGACCUCGAGGGGCACCUGCUGGCCCUGGGGCGCCGCACCGACAGCCUGUUCCGGCGCACCGUGCGCCUCCGCCGCCGCCUUCCCUGCCGCCUGCUCGGCCUGGAGGACGACGAGGAAGAGCUAGGUGCCUCCCAUUGGUCAAACCUAACCCAAAGCCAGAGGACAAGGGAACCUGUUGAUGCAGUCCAUACAGGGCAGCAGUUUGAUAAACAUGCAAGUUUGCGACACUCGUUGUUUAACACAGAGACAGCCGUGAACCCCAAGUCCACCCUGAGGCGGAGGCGGACCAUUAUUGGAUUCUCUAACUUUUCCCAGCGAGACCCAGGUCACAGCAACAGCCCAGCAGGCAGUGUGGCCCACUCUACCACCUCAGACAUCAGGCCCAGUCAUUCAGCUCCAGAAGGUGUUCAUGGAAGAGUUGCAGUUGGUCAGGAAGCUCAGUUCUCAAAUCUCACCUCGCCAGUACUGAGAAAUCCUUCUAGCGACCCAGAAGAACUUCUCCAGGCACGUGGUGGCACAAACCCUCCUGGCAUGGAGAGCAUGGGAAUGGUGUACAGCGUCCCCAGUUCUUGCAAUGGACCAACAGAAUCCACAUUCUCCACUUCCUGGAAGGGAGAUGCUUUUACCUACAUGACUCCAAGUGCCACUAGUCAGAGCAAUCAAGUCAAUGAAAAUGGAAAAAAUCCUUCCUCUGGGAAUUCUUGGGUCUCUAUGCACACACUGCCACCUCUGGUUCCUAAGGAGGCUGCUACCCUCUUUGUUACUCGUGAUAACCCAGCAGGAUGCAGUGGGUCAGCUGGCUACUCUGAGCACCCUACUCAACGAAGGCAAGUGUUGGAACGACCCUCCAAGAUUGGCCUUCUGACUGGUGGUACCUCGAGGCUGGAGACAGGCCCAGGUGGGGCCAGCAGGUUCCGGGAGCGGUCACUGUCUGUGCCCACAGACUCAGGCACCACAGAUGUGGACUAUGACGAGGAACAGAAGGCCAGUGAAGCCUGUGCACUGCCUUAUGCCAGUACAAGCUCUGAGGGCAGUAACAGUGCUGACAACAUUGCCUCCCUUAGUGCCCAACAGGAGGCCCAGCAUAGAAGGCAGAGGUCCAAGAGUAUCUCACUCAAGAAGGCCAAAAAGAAGCCUUCCCCACCAACACGUAGUGUCUCGCUGGUCAAAGAUGAGCCAGUCCUCUUGCCAGAAUGUGGAUCAGCACUACCCAAGGACCAGAGGCCCAGAAGCCUUUGCCUCUCCUUGGAACGCCAAGGACAUCACUCAUCCCACCUGGAUGCUCAGGGUCAUCCAGCUGUGCCAACCUUCAAAGAUCCAGAAGGUACACAAUUCUCCCACCACUGGUAUCUUACUGACUGGAAGUCCGGUGACACCUACCAAUCUUUGUCCAGCUCCAGCACUGCCACUGGCACCACAGUCAUUGAGUGCACCCAAGUUCAGGGCAGCUCAGAGUCUCUUGCCUCCCCUUCCACCUCCAGAGCCACUACGCCUUCUCAACUCUCCAUCGAGGUGGAGGCCAGGGAAGUAUCUUCCCCAGGAAGGCCCACUGGGCUGAUGUCACCCUCCAGUGGAUACUCCAGCCAAUCAGAGACACCAACACCCACUGUCUCCAUGUCCUUGACCCUGGGCCACUUGCCCCCUUCAAGCGGCAGUGUCCGAGUGCGUCCAGUGGUACCUGAGAGGAAGUCAUCGCUACCCCCGACAUCGCCAAUGGAGAAAAUUUCCAAGUCACGGCUAUCAUUUGACCUACCAUUGACUUCUUCAACCAACCUCGAUCUGUCUGGGAUGAGUAUCUCCAUCCGAAACAAAACCAAGGUGAGCCGGCAUCACUCAGACACAAAUUUUGGGGCCAAGCUGGUCCAGAAAACUAGCCCCAACCAGCCAAUCAUGCCCAUGGUUACUCAGUCUGACCUACGUUCUGUUCGCCUGAGGUCAGUCAGCAAAUCUGAGCCAGAAGAUGACAUCGAGAGCCCUGACUAUGCUGAGGAAUCAGGAGCAGAAGUCUUCACCUUGCCAGAAAGAAAGAUGAAACCUCCCAUAGCUGAGAAGCCCCCACUGGCUCGAAGGCCUCCAAGCUUGGUCCACAAGCCACCAUCUGUCCCUGAGGAGUACUCACUAACUUCGCCUGCCUUGGCUAUGACCCCCAAGAGCUCAGUUCAACACAUGAGGCCACUCCCUCAAGACAUCUACACAGUGGUGCGGAAACCAAAGUCCUCCAGCUUCCCUGAGGGCAGAAGCCCAGGGGAGUCCACAGCACCCUCAUCUCUUGUUUUCACACCUUUUGCCAGUUCCUCUGGUGCUUUCUUCUCAGGAACACAGCAGUCUCCCCAGGGAAGUAUGGAGGAUGAGGGCCCCAAGGUGAGAGCCCUGCCUGAAAGAAUUAGCCUCCAGAGCCAGGAAGAAGCUGAGAAAAAGAAAGGCAAGAUUCCACCUCCUGUACCAAAAAAGCCCAGCGUGCUGUACCUGCCUCUCACCUCCCCCACAGCUCAAAUGGAGGCCUAUGUGGGCGAACCAAGACUGCCUCUCAGCCCCAUCAUCACCCUGGAAGAAGAUGCCAAGUGUCCCCCCACUGGAGACCAUUUGCAAUCACCUAAUACAAGGCCAACUUCAACGCCACAGGCUGACGGUGAAAGGGAGGCAAGCCCUCUGGGAAGUUCUAUGGAACCAAACACUGAAGAAAAAAGCGUAAUCAGUGAUAAAACAGCCGAAUGGAUUGCGGAAGAUGAUGAUGACGUGUUUGUGGCCUCACGCACAACUGAAGAUUUAUUUACUGUGAUACACAGGUCCAAAAGAAAGCUGCUUGGCUGGAAGGAGCCUGGUGAGGCCUUUGCUGGCGGCAGUAGACUGAGCUCCCACUCACCAAUAAGGAACACAGCUGAUUCUCCAAUUAGUGAGUCAGCUGCCUCUGCAGGGUCAAGUGGCGGUGCCAACCUAGAUGCUGGCAGAAACGAUGAUUUCAAGGCCUUGCUACAGAAGAAGGGAAGCAAGGCAACUCCAAGGUCCCGCCCCUCAGCAGCCGAACUGCUGAAGACCACUAACCCGCUGGCUCGGAGAAUUAUCGCACAAUUUUCAAAAGACUAUGAAACCACCGAUAACCCACGUACCUAAGCCAUGGUUCAGCAAGCAGGGUUUAGUUACUAAACUUGAGUAGAGAAGAGGGAAGAGAAAGAGUUUUAAAAAGGAACCAUGGAAAUAACAAAAGAGCCUACAUUUCUUUUACAUUAACUCACACUCUGGACAGCAGGAGAGAGGCCACUUUUAUCUAGAACUGAAAUCAUCAGGCACUUAAUCAUCUUCAGACAUUUUGCAUUUUCAUACUUACAAUCUUGCCAUUACUGACUACCGAUUUUCUCCUUGUUUUCCCCCAGUGGUGAGCACUAAGAGGAAAUUCUCAGAUGCAAGGGCACAUGUGCCGUCUUUUCAGUCAAUGACCAGGCUGCUCCAUCCCUGGCUCCUGUCACCAAGGGGUGCAGGGUGAGAGCAGAUUGGGGGCUGCCAAACCUGGGGGGGCAUAGGGUGCCAGUGCUGAGCAUUCACUUUCCUGGUAAGGCCUUGAUGGCCCUGCAUGGAGAAACAGAAAGACUGAUGCGUCUUCAACCCUGGUUUAACUCUCCCCAAAGGGAGGUUUGCAGGUGUGCACUUAUUUCGGCAUGGGGUUGAUUGAAUGGCUUUUGUCAUGCAAAAUAUGAAUGUGUCUCUGUCCUGAACGUCAUGCCUUUUUCAGUUUGAUUGUCUACACGGAGAUCAGGGUGAUGAGUUUCAAUAAACAUAUAGACCCUUCCCCCGACCACCCCUUAGCUAGAAAAGGUCAGGACUGGGUUGCUUUGGGUGAACCAAGCUCAGCCAACAAAUGAGGCAGCCAUUCGUUCACUCAGAUCUAGCCAAGGUAACUCGGCAUGUUGUCUGUCAACAAUGAUAGCUAGGAUCUGUACCCAGCUCAUGCUGCAUUCUAAGAACUCUCGUUUCAUUUGCAUAUAACAUUCAUUACAGGAAGUAAUUAGCUGAAGAACAGCAUCAUCAGAGGCUCAAGGAGGAGAAAGGAAGUGUAACUUGCCUACCACCAUUUAGUUCAGAUUGUGGUCUGUGGUUGGUUUUGUUUUGUUUAAAGGAAAUCUUACUCUGUUCCAAAAUCGAGAACAUAUAGACUAAAAGAAUAUGUCCAAAAUCUAAAAGGCAGCCUUGCAAGAUGCUAUGGCUCAUAACACAAAAAAAGGGCUACAUUUUGCCAUUUAAGUUCUGUUUGACCAACUUUCACUUAACCAUGCUCGGGGAGAGUGUAAGAACUGGGGUAAAUGGGUUUCUGACAGACCCCAGAACAGUCAUGGCGAUCCCCCAGAAAGCUUAUAGGCACUAACUAUUCUUGUCAGUUCAAUUUUCUAAGCAGAGCAAGAGCAGUGAUUUAUUUGAUUUUCAUAUAUCUGGUUUCUGGGAGGUUGGGCGAAAGAACAGACAAAGCAUUGAACAAAGAAAACUGGCUGACCAAGAAUGGAGGGUUAAUUGCCCACCAUUCCCAAGAGGGAAAAAGAAAAGUCAAAUGAAAUUGUAGCCUGUUCACAAAAAGCGCUCCCUGACCCCUUCCUCCUUCACCACCCCCCCCCCCCAACAGAUUCAUUGGUCAGCCUCUUGGAGGAUGCAGAAACUGCCCCAGAGACAAGCAGAUCUUGAUUUUCAUAGGUCACCUUGCUCACCAAUGAGAAGCAAGCUCUUAGCUCAAUGGCCCACACUCCAGUGGACAGAGCUGCUGAAAAACCACACUGAGUUCUGAGGAGAUUUGGGCCUCUCACAUAGAAGCCCUAGGCCUCGGUCCUUGGUCGGUACAGUUCUGAACUCUAGACUUCGGAGUACAGGCCAGGCCCACCCAUCAGCACUUGCAAUCAGCACUUCCCCCUGAUUUAGGCAGAAGCCACUUAAAAUAAGAAACAGUUAGCAAAAGUCCAGUUGCUUUCGAAAGCAUUCAAACUAUUUGGUUUGAAGGUCCUGACCAAAUUUCAGGGAUUUUGCCUGAAAUACAAGAGAUUCAUUCCUGGCCUUAAUUUAUAUAUGAAUGCCACACUUGUCUGCCCCAGACUCAGAAUUCCAAAAGAUGGAAAGAUUUUCCUCUGUAGGGAAAUGAAGGAGUGUUUGUGCUUUUGCCUAACAAAAGUGAAAAGAUGCCAGGGCCUUCUCCUUGGGAACCAUUAUGAAUAGCUGAACUCUAAAGCCGAGUAUGAGACUCACAUAGUAUAGGACUUGUUACUUCUGCUGAUUUUUAUGGAAGCUUCUUGUUGUCACUUCUAGGGGGUUUACCUCUCCCCUCACCUUGAUACGUCUGGUGGUUUUCCCAAAAGAAUCUAAAGCUGAAUGCCCAGGCAGCUUUACAUUUUUCAAUUACCUUGAGUCUUGCUGUCCUCUACAAUACUCAGUAUGUCUGGAAUUUUUAAUACAUCUUCUACAUCAUCACUGUGGCCCUCAAAUGCCCAGUAGUGUUCCCAUUAGAGGAUUUGGGGCAGAGAUUGUAUCAUCAGAGGUAACAUUCGGGACUGGAAAUAUUCAUUAAAUAUUUUGCAACAGGUAGACCUAGUCCCAAACAAUCACCCCCACUCUAGAAUUUCUACCAAUCAUUGAUGAACAUAACUCCGAACAUCUUUCCUACUCCUAACACUCAACCUCUCUCCUCCCCUUGAUUAUCAUAACACCAACUCUCUCUCCCACUCAGGCACAUACCACAGUGUUUGCUGCCUUCUGCACCUACCUGCCGAGACUGGAGAAGAAGGCUGAAAGCCCCUCCAGGAAGGCUUUCCGAGAACAUACCGCUGUCACUAUUACUAGCGCCAAUAAGAAUGAUAACAACUUUUGAAGGUGGAAUACAGAAGGGGUUCAAGUGAAAUGAAGUUGUCUCUGGGAGGUCAGCUUCCAAUUCCAGUUGUUUCUACCCCUUUAUAGCUUCUGAUUCCGACCAAUAGCAGCAGGUGGCUCUGCUAGACUGACUUCUGUCUAGUCAGGAGUAGAGGGAGUCCUCCCCAGGAGAGGAGGUUAAUUGGUAGCUGAGUGUUUUGCACUUGGUGGGUGUUCGUUAUGUAUUUGUGGACCAAAUGUUGAAGGCAGAGAGCAAGUCAUUCCCAGUACAACAGGAAGCUUCACUGGUGGCUCCGCUCCUUUGCCUGCCUCGGUCUGUCGCCUGGGUCUGCCACAUGGCCCCAGCUUGUCCUUCAGCCCCAACUUCUGUGAACUGCGUCCCUAGCCGACAGCUCACCCUUUAAGGAGGCAAGACCACAAGCAGCAAAAUAGUUCAUGUUAGCUUAAUGACCACAAAUCAACCAGUUGAUCUGCAGACAUUCGACCUUGAAUGUGCAAAGACAGAGGAGAUCUACAAGGCUCUUGCAAGAAGCAUUUCGCCGGACAUCCAUUGUAACUAGACAACACGGAUCAGAUUGCGAUCCCCCUGAACCUAUCAGUCUGAGCAGAUCUGUCCAUGCACCUGCCCUCUUCUUCAUAAACGAACUAUUCCCUAAAAAGACGCGUUCACGGUCAGUGCUCCAUUCCUCACCAGUGCAGCCUUCCAUUACCACCAAGUCUGUAACAUAAUGGUGAGCAUUCACUUUAAUAUGAUUUGCCAGGGCCAGGGCUAGAGUGAGGUGAGUGAGGCGCCUGGGGCGCAAAAUUUAAGGAGGCACCCACUCUCAGGGCCGUGCAAGUGCCUUACCCUUGUCCCGGCCGUGCCAUCUGCACUCUAUAAAGCAGUAUCAGUUUAUCUUCUUCCUGUGAACAAGUACAGUUCUUCUGAUUUAGGGGGGUAACUCUCCCUAUCUGUUGUUGCACCAAAUGUCUUGUUGCCAUCUAUUUUUCCAUUGCUUUAAACCUUUGUAUGCCUACACAUCAAAGAGUCUUCAAUAUCAUCAGAAAACAUCGUUGCUUUUUAAGUAACCUGCUCCAAGUGGCGAGUUAGCACCUGUUUCAGUAGGGAUGCUGACAGGGAGAGCCCUUCAGUGAAAUGGUGACUGAGUUGGAGGUGUGUCAUUGGGAUCCUCGGUCUCCUCUUUCUGCUCCAUUCUCCCCAGACUUUGCUUUCCCGCACCAACUCUCCUGAGUGCCUCCUAGUUUGUUCUCCUCCUCGCUAAGAAAAGCAUGCUCUCAGGAAAGGGAUCAGUUCCUUUACUUUGAGAUUAUAAGGCUGAAUGCUACCUCUUUUGAGGGUUGCUUGCAUUUUAACAGGGGAAAAGCCUUAAGCCAAAGGAAUGAAGUUCUACUUAUAGACUUUUAGGCAUCAAUUAGUUGCAGAAGUGUCUUUUUCACCAUGGAAAGGCCAAAUUCCCUGACAGCUAACUCCAGAAUAUAGAAAAUACCUUAAUCUUCCGGAAUUAUUUUAGUAAACUGCUGACGGUCGAUUAAAUUGUCCUGAUACCCAGUGUUGUUCUAUGUGGUUGCUACCAAGGGACGCUCAGAAAUGGCUACUAAAAGCCACUGAGAAGGCCUAGAUAAUUCAUAUUGUACAUUAACAUUUUUACACAAAUGGAAUGAAUACUACUUAUCAUUUGAGUAAAAGAACACAAGGAUUUAAAGAGUUUGUGAAAAUGUGUCCUGUUUGUGAAAGGUGAAGCUGUCCAGUGUCUGAUUGAUGUCAGUCCAGUACCGGUGGUGAUUAUUAAACUUAUUGGAGGUACAACUUUAUUGAACACAAGACUCUGCUUCCCCCUACACACGUCUAGGUUUUGUGCUGUCACUUCAGCUUGGUGUGAGAUGAGACCAGAUCUAUGCCAGAGCAGCCAGUCCCUCCGAGGCCUUUGCGUGUAUGUCAGCUGUAAGUGACUGAGAUGUUACAGAUUUAAAGGGACAAGAGAGUGGGAAAGAGGUACAAAGAACUGCCUUUGUCAGAGAGCAGCGAUGAUUAUGAUUUAAACAAUGACAUGAAAUAAACAAAGUUUUAGAAUAUGCUGAAACAGAUUUAUAGAGAAAUACAGUAGUAAAUGGUUAUACACAUUUGAGGCUCUUUUAAUAAAUUUAGCAAAAAGAAACUUGCAUAAGUAAUGGGUUCUGUGAAAUAGAUAUAUACUGUUAGUCAGUAAGGCCCCAAAUCUAGGCCAGUGGUCCUCAAAGUGUAGUCCCAUGACCAGCAGCAGCAGCAUCCCUGGAAUGUGUGUGUGUGUGUGUGUGUGUGUGUGUGUGUGUGUGUGUGUUCCAGUUCCUUCUCCAAGCCCCUGAGUCACUACAGCCACAACUCUCCAAAUGAUUCCAACCUUUCCCAUCAUUUCUGCUGUCAUCACAGUGAUCCGUCUCUGGCCAAGUGAUGUAUAUCGACAUGUUGGUUAAGUAUAUGUUUGCUGUUAAGAAAUUAUCAGAUUGAAUCAACUACUUGUUCAACCUGCAGAACCUUUGCUUUGACUUAGCCAGCACGUCUGGCCUGUUUUUGGUUUAAAAUUUUUUUUAAUUCACAAAUAGGAAAAAUGAAAAGGUGUUAGUUUGUUUGGUUUUGCCAACCCUUAACUACCUGUCUUCAUCAAGGUAGCUGUUCUCUAGCAGGGCUCUGGCAGAAGUAUGUUUGAUUUUAAGAUUUUGCCUAAAUAGUGAAAUUUGAUCUCAACAGAUCCACAAACAAAAUCUGAACUGGAACAACCAGUUAAUGACUCUUAGCCUCUCUUUAAUGCCAAGCUUUAUAGAAAUUUAUUCCCUACAUGGUGUUGAGCUUUUUUUAAUGUCCAAUUUUAUAAAGUGUUAUGCAUGCAAAUGCAGCAUCGUGCUCAUUGUACAAUUCACCCCAAACUCAUUUCCUUCUCCAUAUGUAUGAUGGUGAAGAAAUAUCAAUAUGUAUGUUCUUACCUCUCCUGAUCAAUUGUAAAUUACAAAUCUUUUCAUUAAUUUUUAAAUGAGAUAUAUUUACUCUGGCUAGUAGUUAAAAUUUUAUUCUUUUUAUUAUAUUUCAUUGCUACUCUUUUCUACUGACUCCAAAGCUUACUUUGGGGAAUAUUUCUUAUUUCUAGAUUGUUGUAUUUAUCUUAUUUCUAUAUUUAUCUGUAGUCAUGGAAUGUUAGAGCUGAAAGGGACCAAUCUCUUUACAGAUGAGGAAACUGAGGCCCAGAAAGGUCACAUAACUUACACAAGGUCACACAGUGUCAAAGCCGAGCCUCAGGCCCAGGUCUCGUCUCUGGGCCUAGUGUUUUUUCAUUUAAAGCACUACACUUAUAGAAGACCCACAGCUGGCUUCUACUUUUAUGAUACAUGAAUUUCCCAGGUAUUUCAGUGAACUAGUACAUAUGCUUUAAGGAAAAAUGCUCAAGAGUUCUUUAGUUCAUGAAUCCAAAGACAAAUCUGAUUUUCAGCGUACAAACAUUCGUUUCCCUCCAGAGUCAUUAUUUGUACCCUACUUUGUACGACGGAUGUUUUCCCUAAAAGUUAUUUGAUAAAUGGAUUUUUAUAGAUCAAAUUCCAUUUUUUAGUAGAGAAGGUUCCUAUGUGAGGGAAUCUUCUGGUGACUUCUUUUGAAAAACGAAGAAUCCUCUUGUCAAUGUCCCCUAAUGUCUCUACUUUUUUUUUUUAGUGUGAACUUCUGUAAUUGGUGUUUAUUUAAAGUAGGGCAAACCAAUAUAGGUUUCCCUAGAAUCUACUUUAUCCUUCCCUUCUUAAACUUUAUGAGAUAUUUUCAGACCAUUCGAUGCUCAUAAGAUACUUAGUUGUGUUCUAGAAACUUCACCUAGCUUGAUAUUUUGUCAGUCCCUGGGCUCAAUCUCUAUCUCCACCUUAUCAAACAAUAACAGAAUUGCUUAAUCAGUACUGAGCUCUGCAUGCAGUCUCUUGUCCAGAACAUUCUUUGCCUAAUGCUCCUUAGUGUGACUCUCUAUCUAUUCUUGGGCUUCUUUCCAUAGUUCACGAGUACCUCACUAUUCUGUGGCGUUGGAGGCAGUGACGCUUUAGGGCUGUCCUAGUCACGUGGAGUGGUAUUUCCAGUUAUUUCCAUUAUUCCCUUGUUUUUCCUGGACCUCCUCUGUUUUCCCUUUUCAGAAAUGCUCAGAGAUUGGUGGGAUUUUUCCCACCAUCUAGACCAGGGGUUGGCAAACUUUUUCUGUAAAAGGCCAGAUAGAUAGACUCUAUUUUAGGCUUUGGGGCCACAUAUGGUCUCUGCACCAUAUUCUUUUUCUUUGUUGUUAUUUCUAUCACUUUAAAAAUGUAAAUUCCAUUCUUAGCUCUUGGGCCAUACAAGCUGCAGGCUGCAUUUGGUCCACCUGUCAUAGUUUGCUGACCCCUGGCCCAGACUAUCUUCUGGGACAGGCAUUUCUGUGACUGACCCCAUGUGAUAACUAGGUUGUGUACUGGAUGAUGUGGUUCACUGCCCUCCUACCUACUGCAUUGUCAGACCAGUCUGCACAGAGUGGGCUGGAGAGGGGCCACAUAUGCCAACCACUACUCUUCGAUAGGGUGCCCUUCAUGGACUCUCUCAUUUUCUCUCUCUCUCUCUCUCUCUCUCUCUCUCAUUCUCACUCUCUCACUGACUACCUCAGUGUAGAAACCCUCAUUCUUCUAUCCAGACCUCCUGUCCUGGUUAUCCAGUGUGCCUCUGCUUCCUCGAGUUUGGGGUAAGCUGGCAGGAAAGAAUGGAUUUCUGAGUUUUCUUAUUUCUUUUGUCCCAUGAUUACUCCCCCAAACUGUGGUUGGGGACCCCUGCCCUGGGUUAUCUCACCUGCCCUGCCCCAUGCUGCCAUCACAAGUUUAGGGCUGUCUCUGGAAAGUUUGGUGGCCCAGGCAAUGAGAUUCCAGUCCAGUCUACAAUUUCCUAGGGAAAUCACCAGCUCUCUUGGUUCCAACGACUGGUUUUAAAACCCAGAAUGUCCAUGUGUCCAAUUUCUAAUGUGAUUAGGACCUGUUCUAGACUCAGCCCCAGCAAGAAAACCAAUGAGGUACAGAAGGUAUUCUGUGCCCAUGGUUCUUCCCUGCCUAAACCCCUGCCUCCUUGUCCCCCAGCCCCCAAGAUGGACCCCUUGGGAUGCUCCAUGCGGCACCAUAACAAGCAGGCAUUCAGCACACCGUGGCCUCCGGGCUUCUGAACCUCUAAAAGGAUUCCCUAAAGCUUCUUCACAUCUCUCUCCAUCUCACUCCCAUCUCUAUCUCUCAUGCUGCUUGGGGGUUUAAAGCUCAGAUUCACAUUUUCACGUUUGCUCGUGUAAACACUUGGGGAUAUGAGUGAAUGAGAAGGUAUGGGCCUGUGUGUAAGAGCAUGGUUUCUCCACUUGGACUGUGAAGGCCCUAUUCACUAACGGAUCACACACACAUCCCACCCAGUGCUCUCAUCAAUUCUCUGGUCCAGUCCAGGUCUGAUGAGCCUGGUUAGGAGAAGGGGCUAGUGGGGGCUCCUGAGGCAUUUUUCUUUUCUUGUCUUUUGAAACCUCCUUUCCACUGGCUUGUGCUGCCUUCUCCCAGGAAGCCAUUUCAAGAAACUCCUCUGUGGCAAUUCUGGACAGGCCGACAUACAGAGAGCUAUGGACUCAGUCACUCAGACACACCUCUCAGGCUGCAGUUUUUCCCAUCUAAGCAAAUUCCUUUGUAGGACCUUUAGCUUGCUUUCUGUCAUUUGAGCCCAGGGAUCUACCCACUUACUGAAAUCUAAAUUUUAAAAAGUCAGAGACAUGAGUAACUUUGAGGAUUUCCCUAUCUAAAAGCAUCCAUGAAACGGUUUCUUUCUGCCUUUUGUUUAGGAUUUCCGGACUUAGGAAGGGAACAAGACUUGUGCCUUGGACUCUAAGGCAGCAAAAGGACUACACUUGCCAAAGCAAAAUGAGGAUGGAAGAUUGGCUAGUCCUACUAUGCAUGGUCAGGGAAUGGACUCUUGUUCAGUUAGCACUUAUGGCUCAAUGCUUACUGAGUGCCAACAAUGCACUUAAGAAAAAUAAGAGAGGCAGGAAUUUACAGACCAGUGUCCUAAACUAGAAAGUAGAGAUAAGGCAAUUCCCCCAGUGAUAAGAAUCUGUCCCUGGAUAAAAGUUUCAAGAAACAGCAGAAACUAGAAGAGAUCAUAAUCCCAGUCUUUUAGAAUUCCAACACAAAAUGGAAGGGAGCCCUCUGUGGGGUGACAUUACAAAGAGUUUUUCUUGUCUUUCUUUUUAAAAACAGAAAACAUUCCUUACUGGCUUGCUACCAGCAAUUGAACUGUAUUCUUUAUAGAGCUAAAGCUGUUUGUGUCUUCUUAAAAUAAAAUUUUUCUGUUUCA